AUGCUGUCUGUCCUGUCUUGCCUUCCAAAUAACAUCCUCCUCAAAUCUAUAGCCGUUUUCCCCAUCAGGGUCCAGAACAAGCGGCCUGGCCCUGACAACCUCUGUGAUACCAGCCUUUUCCCGCUCCUUGACAUGCUCAGGUUCAUCCCCAGCCUCUUUCCAGAGAGAUUUGAUCCAGUCCUUCUCCUCAAAGGCCAACACCUCUUCUUGCUCGUAUUUCUGAUCCUCUCCCGAUUGUUCAGAGAAAUGGCGGUAGUGAGCCAGGCAGACUGCGGCGACAUCACGGCCGAUUUCAUCGGCGAGGUGCCGGCGGUUGAAGAAACGGUACAGACGGGUUGGCGUGGAGAGGAAGCCUAA